UUUAUUGAAUCGGUACAUUCCGAAAUUGAAUCGAAAAGUCGUUUUGUAUCCGCAUCAAAGUGAGAAGCAUGUAGGAAAUGAGCAAAAAAUCGUAGAAAUAAUCCAGUAUUUGUCAUUACGUUUUCUCGGAAUAAUAUGGCGUCAUACGCUUAGUAACGAGCAAUGACGAGCAACUAAAACCAACUAAAAUGGCGGCCUUCGAUGUUACUGCGUCAUAGCACUAUGCAGAUUUUCGUGAAGACAUUGACCGGGAAGACCAUAACCCUUGAAGUUGAAGCUUCUGACACCAUCGAGAAUGUAAAAGCAAAGAUCCAAGAUAAGGAAGGUAUCCCACCCGAUCAGCAGCGUUUGAUCUUCGCUGGAAAGCAGCUUGAAGACGGACGUACCUUAUCCGAUUACAAUAUUCAGAAGGAAUCCACUCUCCAUUUGGUCCUCAGAUUGCGUGGUGGAAUGCAGAUCUUUGUCAAAACCCUGACAGGAAAAACCAUCACGUUGGAAGUCGAGGCAUCUGACACGAUCGAAAAUGUCAAAGCAAAAAUUCAAGACAAAGAAGGAAUCCCUCCAGAUCAGCAGAGAUUGAUUUUCGCCGGAAAACAGCUUGAAGAUGGCCGCACUCUUUCUGACUACAACAUUCAAAAAGAAUCCACACUGCAUUUGGUUCUCCGUUUACGUGGUGGUAUGCAAAUUUUCGUCAAAACAUUGACCGGAAAAACCAUCACGUUGGAAGUCGAGGCAUCUGACACGAUCGAAAAUGUCAAAGCAAAAAUUCAAGACAAAGAAGGAAUCCCUCCAGAUCAGCAGAGAUUGAUCUUCGCCGGAAAACAGCUUGAAGAUGGCCGCACUCUUUCUGACUACAACAUUCAAAAAGAAUCCACACUGCAUUUGGUUCUCCGUUUACGUGGUGGUAUGCAAAUUUUCGUCAAAACAUUGACCGGAAAGACCAUCACGUUGGAAGUUGAGGCAUCUGACACGAUCGAAAAUGUCAAAGCAAAAAUUCAAGACAAAGAAGGAAUCCCUCCGGAUCAGCAAAGAUUGAUCUUUGCUGGAAAACAGCUUGAAGAUGGCCGCACACUUUCUGACUACAAUAUUCAGAAGGAAUCCACACUGCAUUUGGUUCUCCGUUUACGUGGUGGUAUGCAAAUUUUCGUCAAAACAUUGACCGGAAAGACCAUCACAUUGGAAGUUGAGGCAUCUGACACGAUUGAGAACGUGAAAGCAAAAAUUCAGGACAAGGAAGGAAUCCCUCCGGACCAGCAGAGGUUGAUCUUCGCCGGAAAACAGCUUGAAGAUGGCCGUACCCUUUCUGACUACAACAUUCAAAAGGAAUCCACAUUGCAUUUGGUUUUAAGGCUUCGCGGUGGUAUGCAAAUUUUUGUCAAAACGCUCACCGGUAAGACAAUCACUCUGGAAGUCGAAGCGUCGGACACGAUUGAGAACGUGAAAGCAAAAAUUCAGGACAAGGAAGGAAUCCCCCCGGACCAGCAGAGGUUGAUCUUCGCCGGAAAACAGCUUGAAGACGGUCGCACACUUUCAGAUUAUAACAUUCAGAAGGAAUCGACUUUGCAUUUGGUUCUUCGUUUACGUGGUGGAAUGCAAAUUUUCGUCAAGACAUUAACAGGAAAGACCAUCACGUUGGAAGUUGAGGCGUCGGACACGAUCGAGAAUGUCAAAGCCAAAAUUCAAGACAAGGAAGGAAUCCCUCCAGAUCAGCAGAGGUUGAUCUUUGCCGGAAAACAGCUCGAAGACGGCCGUACGCUUUCUGAUUAUAACAUUCAGAAGGAAUCUACCCUGCAUUUAGUUUUGAGGCUUCGCGGCGGUAUGCAGAUUUUUGUCAAGACUCUCACUGGUAAAACUAUCACACUGGAGGUUGAGGCUUCGGACACGAUCGAAAACGUGAAGGCGAAAAUUCAAGAUAAAGAAGGCAUUCCUCCCGAUCAGCAGAGGUUGAUCUUUGCCGGAAAACAGCUCGAAGACGGCCGUACGCUUUCUGAUUAUAACAUUCAGAAGGAAUCUACCCUGCAUUUGGUUUUGAGGCUUCGCGGCGGUAUGCAGAUUUUUGUCAAGACUCUCACUGGUAAAACUAUCACACUGGAGGUUGAGGCUUCGGACACGAUCGAAAACGUGAAAGCGAAAAUUCAGGAUAAAGAAGGCAUUCCUCCCGAUCAACAAAGACUGAUUUUCGCGGGCAAGCAGCUAGAGGAUGGACGGACUUUAUCCGACUAUAAUAUUCAGAAAGAGUCUACACUUCACCUUGUACUUCGACUUAGAGGCGGAGAUGUCUGAUUCCAUUGUGAUCUCUGCUAAAGUAUCGCGUUAUAUUAAAUCGUUCAAUUAUAUUAUAAUAAAUUCUAUUCUGAGUUUUUAAUUUUAUUAAUCCUCACAUGCAAUUCUUUCGUAGGAAAUCUUGAAUAAAGAAAUUAAUUUUACGUACUAUAA